AGCAGCCAACCCCUAAAUUACCAUAAUCAGUCACACAACUGUACUUUCUGAGCUGACGUUGGGAUAGAGGUGGGGUGCAACCAGGAUUACUCAUUAAAUGCAGGGCACUUAUUGACAAAUGAAGACACAUGACAUGCAUGUUUCUGGAACGUGCGAGGCAGAAAACCCACAUAAACACAAUGAGAACAUGGGCAGGCCGGAGCUGAGAUUAGAACCCCAAAAAUCACAACUGUUACAUGUACGAACCACUCAAAGGCCUUGUUGGGUCUGAUGUCUCAUGUAUUAUUUUGAAAUGUUUUAAUACUUUAAGUUCAGUUCAUGAUUACUCAAAAUGUUUUAAAGGAUUGUGUCAACAGAACUGUAAAAUGUAGCUGAAGAUAAAAAAAAAACUAAAGGAUGCAAAGAUACAGUAUAUUCAAUAACGCUGAACCUUUAAACUAUAUAUUUUUUGAAGUAACGUGUGACUUCAGAAUGAUUUGGUGAAUGCUCAUAUUGCAGAGAAUACAAAUAUUUUUCUUAUAACCGCCGAAAUUAACUUAACACAAAAUCGAAACAUCUUUUGUUUUGCUUGGGGCGGAGGAAGUAGAGUAGUUUCUGAAACCAUUUGACUCGAAACAUUUCCGUCACACGAAGGUUAAGUGGUGCACGAACAAAUAUGGUCAAAGGAAAUCACGGAACGUCACAAGAUACGGAACCAACGCGCGGAAUUUACGUUGUAAUGAAGCGCGUUAGCUCACAAUCACGGCGAUGACGUUUCUCUCGCGAGGUUUUGACGCGAGGUAGCAGCAGUGGACUUGUGUGACAGAGACAAGGAAAGAUGGCGACGCAGGAGAGUCAAGCGACCAAAGCGGCCGUCAGCAAUGGCGAGUUAAGCAGUAAUGGAAGUCCUGCGACGACAGCAGACAGCCAGACAGUGCAUACGACUGAAAAUGCACAGGACCCCCAGCAGCAGCAGCAACAGCAGCAGCAGCAACAACAAGCACCUAAUGCCUGGCAGGUCAUUAAAGGAGUCCUCUUCAGAAUUUUUAUCAUCUGGGCCAUCAGUAGCUGGUUCCGUCGAGGGCCAUCGACUCCAGACCCUAACACGCCGCCAGGGGCACCCAGAGUGCCCAGCAGGAACCUCUUCACUAAGGACACGCUGAUGGAUAUGUACGUGUACAUCUCCCAGGAGGAGGUUUUCACUGACUUCAACAACACAGAUUCUCUCUUCUGGUUCCACCCAGACCUAGUCUACGGAGACUGGUCCACAGGGGAAAAUGGGGACGGCUGCUAUGAGCACUAUCAGGAGAUGGCUAUCCCUGAGGCAGUGCAGCAGAAUGGCUCCCUCUACAUACAUGUAUACUUCACAAAAAGUGGACUGCACCCAGACCCCAAGCGCAAAGGGCAGUAUCGCAGACUCGCAACUGUUCAUGCGUCACGAAUGCUGAACAAAUUCAAACGUAGAAAGUUUAUGAAGACGAAGAAUCUGCUGACAGGAGAGACGGAAGCAGAUCCAGAGAUGAUUAAGCGGGCUGAGAGCCACGGUCCAGUGGAGAUAAUCUCUCACUGGCACCCCAACCUCACCAUCAACAUGGUGGACGACCACACAGCUUGGGUGAAAGGCUCCGUCCCACCUCCGCUAGACCAACAUGUGAAGUUUGAUGCGGUGAGCGGUGACUAUUACCCAAUAGUCUACUUCAAUGACUACUGGAAUCUUCAGAAGGACUACUAUCCCAUCAAUGACACCCUGACAGCACUACCUCUGCGCCUUAACUACUGCCCACUGUCAUUGUGGCGGUGGCAGCUCUACGCUGCCCAGAAUGCUCGUUCGAUGUGGAACUUCCUGCCUGAGGACACCUACGAGCAGUCUGACGAGGAUCAGGAUUCUGUCAAAGUGGCCCUACUGGAAACCAACCCCUACCUCCUGGGACUCACCAUUGUGGUCUCCAUUGUGCACAGCAUCUUUGAGUUUCUGGCCUUUAAGAAUGACAUCCAGUUCUGGAAUAGCCGACAGUCUUUGGAAGGCCUUUCUGUGCGCUCCAUCAUCUUCGGUGUGUUUCAGUCUCUGGUAGUGCUGCUGUACAUUCUUGACAACGAGACCAACUUUGUGGUACAGGUCAGCGUCUUCAUCGGCCUUCUUAUCGACCUCUGGAAAAUCACCAAGGUCAUGGAUGUCAAAUUGGACAGGGAGAACAAAAUUGCAGGAUUCAUCCCAAGAAUUUUGUUCAAAGACAAGUCGACAUAUGUGGCAUCUUCUACCAAAAUUUAUGAUGAUAUGGCCUUCAAAUACUUGUCAUGGCUACUGUACCCUCUGUUUGGCUGCUAUGCCAUCUACAGUUUAUUGUAUGUUGAACACAAAGGCUGGUACUCAUGGGUACUCAGCAUGCUCUAUGGCUUCUUGCUAACCUUUGGCUUCAUCACAAUGACGCCGCAGCUAUUUAUUAACUAUAAAAUGAAGUCAGUGGCGCACCUCCCGUGGAGGAUGCUCACAUACAAGGCUCUCAACACAUUCAUUGAUGACCUGUUUGCCUUUGUCAUCAAGAUGCCCAUGAUGUACAGGAUAGGAUGCCUCAGAGACGAUGUUGUGUUCUUCAUCUACCUGUAUCAGCGCUGGAUCUAUCGAGUGGACCCCAACAGGGUCAACGAGUACGGCACCAGUGGAGUGGACCACCAGCAGGAUAACGCAACGGCUGCCGACGCCCCGGCUGCUGCCAUCACAGCCAAACCAGACAGGGAGAAAAAGAACAAUUAAGUCAGACAAAGAACCCCACCCUCAAUGUUCAGCCUCCCUGGCUCUUGGCGCCAGAGCAAAGAGUACUUGUGGAAAUUGGGUCGGCUGUCAAGGACAUGGACAUCGAUUUGGGGGGGUGGGGGGGUGCAGAUCAACUGUUUCCUCUGAUUCCUGUACACAUCCACAGAGAAUCGUCAUUGUAGACUUGGUAAAUUUUUAUUUUUCUUCCCAACCCUCUCGUUUUGCAGUUCAAGUGAAGUAAAACAAAGUGUGACGUACUGUAUUCUGUUUGAUUUUGAGAGGGUACAGUGUCUUGGAAUUGAGGCUGGUGGAGUUUGCGUUUGGACUUUCUUUCUUUUUUUUUUUUUUUUACAUGGAAGAAAAGCCAAGUAAAGCAUUUCUUCUUUGUUUAAAUUCCUUGUGAAUCUUUUCAUUCCACAUGAGCAUCGAGUUGUUUGAAGAAAACUGGAAAAUUACCCUGGAAUGAAAACAUCAGGACAUGAGCGAUAAGACUGACGAUGACCCUCAAUUAAUUUUUAGCAAAUGGUUCAUGUUCUAAACUGGAACAGAAAAAAAUGCAGCCUUGUUGGUAUUAAUAUAAAAAAAAUAUUAUCAAUGA